AUGAUGUCGGUGUACGGCGUGCUGCUGUCGGCGCUGCUGGGCUCGUGCCUCACGCUGCUGCUGCAGCUCCUGCUGCUGUACCGGAAGAAGCCCGAGCCCCCCGAGGGCUCGUCCCAGCCGCCGGGCCCCAGCCCCUUCACCACCAGGGUGCUGCCGGACGCCAGCCUCAAGGAGUACUUCGCCGGCGGCGUGGGGGCCGAGGCCCCUUCGGCGGGCGGCUCGCCCCCCAACCAGUCCCCUUCGCGGUCCGAGCAGGGCUCCCGGCAGCCCCUGCCCGCCCAGCCCCAGGAGUCCGCUGUGGAGUCCACCGAGGAGACCCUCUACUGGCUCAACGCCAUCUGCCUUUUCCUCUUCAGGGAGCUCAGGGACACCUCCCUGGUCCGGCACUGGGUCACCAGGAAGAUCAAGGUGGAGUUCGAGGAGCUGCUCCAGACGAAGAUGACGGGCAAGGUGCUGGAAGGGCUCAGCCUGCGGGACGUCUCGCUGGGCGACGUGGUGCCCCUCUUCAAGAACAUCAAGCUCCUGCGGCCGGUGAUCUGCAACGAGGAAGGCUGCCCCGAGGAGCUGGACUUUGAGGUCGACAUCGAGUAUAGCGGGGGCUUCCACCUGGCCAUCGAUGCCGACCUGGUCUUUGGCAAGUCGGCCUAUCUCUUUGUCAAGAUCUCCAGAAUACUGGGACGGUUAAGACUGGUCUUUACCCGCUUGCCUUUCACGCACUGGUCCUUCACCUUUGUGGAUGAGCCUGUCAUCGGCUUUGAUGUCAAGUCCCAGUUUGAAGGACGGCCCCUGCCACAACUUACUUCCAUCAUUGUCAAUCAGUUCAAGAAGGUUAUUAGGCGCAAGCAUACCUUGCCUCACUAUAAAAUCAGAUUCAAGCCAUUCUUUCCAUUUCAAGUUGUGCCACCAGAAGAAUAUAGAGACCGUAAUCUCAAUAUACAAAAUUUCUCAUUGACGGAAGGCCGACUGAAAGUUUCCUUAAUAGAAUGUUCAAGAUUGCUUAUUUUUGGAUCUUAUGAGCGGGAAACAACAGUUCAUUGCACAAUUGAACUGAGCAGCAAUGUCUGGGAAGAAAAACAAAGAACUUCCAUCAAGAUGGCAGAACUAAUUAAAGGAAAUAUGCCAAGUGUUGGGCUCACUCUCCGCCAAGUACACGCUAAGGAAGGAGAAGCAGGACAUGUUGUUAUUGAGAGUGUCACUCCAAACUCACCUGCUGCAGCUGCUGAUCUGCAAAGAGGAGAUAGGCUCAUAUCUAUUGGAGGAGUGAAGAUUACAUCAUCAAUUCAAGUGCUAAAGCUUAUCAAACAGGCUGGUGAGAGAGUAGUAAUAUGUUAUGAAAGGCCUGUUGGCUGUAGUCAGCAGAAUCCAUCAGCACAAGAUAAUUUUGUACAGUUGGAAGACACAGCAUUUCCAGAUGAUGACCCAAGUGGCACAUCAACAGAAUCUGAGAUUGCAGAGUUGGAUUUACAGUAUGAGGAGCUGGCAAUUGUGCUAAGAUCUGAUGAAUCCAGAGAGGAUACUUCAACAAGUCCCAAACAUACAUCAGUAUCAGCUGCUGCUAAAUCUACUGGGACUGUAUCUCCGAUACUAAAUCGCAAGAUAUGUUCAGGAGGCCAGUCUUCUGGAAAAGUAGCUUUCAAGGAUGGAACCAAACAAGUGACACCGAAGAAUCCUGAAACUGUGGAUGGAAGCCUGCAAACGAAUAGACAUUCUCAGUCAGGUACAGCAAAACCUCCUGUACCACCAAGACCACAGAUUAAAACAAUAUUUCCUACUGAAAAUCAAAAUACGCUAGAAACUGGUGAUUUGCCUUCUGAAAAACCCGAGAGGCCACCACCUCCUGCAAAUAAUGGAGACAAAUUCUCUGAAAAGCUAACAAAAAAUACUGAUAUAGUAGAAGAAGUUACAGGAGCCAAAGUAGUUACAAACAAACAAGAAGUAGCACGGGAAUCUUCAGACGAUUUACAGAGUCCUAAGGAAAACACAGAAAACCAUAAUUCAUGGGAAUCAUCAGAAAUCCCUUAUCGUAAUCGAUUAGGUAAAUGGGCAAGGACAAAGGCCUCUUCUUGCAUAUUUGAAGUAGAAAAACACCAUAAAUAUCUAAAUGUUGCCAUUUGGUGUAGAGAUCCCUUUAAAUUAGGUGGACUUCUCUGUCUAGGACAUGAAAGCAUGAAACUUGAAGAAAUAGCUCUAGAUUGUAUAGCUACAUCCUCUAUGGAAUUCAUUAGGACAAUUAGAUUUAAUCCUCCUGCACCGAAAGCCACAGUGAGUAGAACUGCAUUGCGUAAUUUGACUUCGCACAAAGGUUUUAAUGAGAAGUUUUGUUAUGGUGAUAUUACUGUGCAUUUUAAAUAUUUAAGAGAGGGUGAACCAGAAGACUCAAGUUUUCUAAUGGAGAAAGAAAGGGAAUAUGUUUCAGAAACAGCAGCUGCUCCUAUUCUCCUAAAAGAUGAUCCUUAUUUGGGGCACAUAACGUACAUUGAAAACAGGCAUCAGUUUCAAGAUACCCAGUUUCAGAAUCCAACUUGGUGUGACUACUGCAAAAAGAAAGUUUGGACAAAAGCAGCAUCACAGUGCAGAAUUUGUGCAUAUGUAUGCCACAAAAAAUGUCAAGAAAAAUGUCUAACUGACACCCCGUAUUGUUUAGGACCUUCCAGACGACUUGAGGGGCGUUCUUUUAAAAUUGAAAGUCACGAUUCUCCGUCCAUGCAACCAUCAACACGUACUGAUGCAGAACUGAAAUCUGCAAACAAACCAACAGGCUUAACAAGACAUAUCAUCAAUACAAGCACUCGUUUGUUAAAUCUUCGUCAAGUUCCUAAAACACGAUUUACAGAGCCAGGAGUAGAUACAAUUGAACCUUCACCAAAACACACACCACAUACUUCUGAUAAUGAAGGUAGUGACACAGAAAUUGGUGGUCCAAGUAGCCCUUCCAAACAAGCUGCUGGUACUGGGAUAAAAUUAGCAAGAAAAGAAGGAGGACUAGAUGAUAGUGUUUUCAUUGCUGUUAAAGAAAUUGGCCGAGACCUCUAUAGAAGCUUGCCCACAGAAGAAAGAAUUCAAAAAUUAGAAGUUAUGUUGGAAAAACUGCAAAAUGAAAUAGACCAGGAACUGGAGAACAAUAAUUCCCUCAUUAGAGAAGAGAAAGAAUCAACAGAUACAAGGAAGAAAAUGCUGUUUUCUGCUGCAUUGGCUAAAUCUGGUGAACGACUACAAGCCCUAACUCUCCUUAUGAUUCACUACAGAGCUGGCAUUGAAGAUACAGAAGCCUUGGAAAAUACAAGCUUAGAGCUGGAAUCUACAAAAGUAGAUAAGUAUGAAAAUGACAAUAUUUUAACAGAAGAAAUCGAUCAUGAAGAUGAAAGCAGUGAAGUGAUGUCGCCAAUACUUGAAACCCUAUUAAAAGACCAGGAAACAGUUGAUAAACCUCAUGAAUCUGUAGACUGAAAUUUGCACAUUUGACAUUGGGAAUGAAAAGCUGGGAAAAUACUUUGCACUUAAUCAAAAUCACAUCAAAUUCAUCAAAAUAUAAUUAAAAACUGGGUAUAAUGUACACGGACUAUUUCUCCAC